AUGUUUACUGACGCGCACUUUGACAGCUUCAAGAACGACGGCUGCGUCGUGAUUCCUGGGUUCCUCAGUGCAGAGGAGGUGGCUGCCCUGCGCAAGCGCACAGCCGAGCUGCUGGACAGCUUCGAUCCUGAAUCACAGCCAAAGACCACCUUCUCGACCGGCAUUCGCGACAAGCAUAUCGGUGACCGAUACUUUCUUGACUCGUCUGACAAGGUCAGCUAUUUUUUGGAGGAACAGGCCGUUGUUGACGGAAGGCUAGCCGUUGACAAGACACGCGCCAUCAACAAGAUUGGCCAUGGCCUACACAUUCGCGAGCCGCUGUUUGCCAAGCUGUCGCACAGCAACAAGGUCAGGCAGGUGGCCCAGCGCCUGGGCUAUGAUGACCCGCGCAUCCUGCAGUCGAUGGUCAUCUGCAAGCAGCCAUCGAUUGGCGGCGAGGUGCCUCUGCAUCAAGACUCAUGCUUCCUGUACACAAGGCCGUUGUCGGCCUGUGGGUUCUGGUUUGCUCUAGAGGACUGCACAUUGGCCAACGGCUGCCUGGAGUUCAUCCCCGGCUCUCAUCUCGAGACUCCCAUCUCGAAGCGGUUCUUUGUGCCAAUCGAGCCCGAAUUCUCGCUUUUCCCACCAACGAAGGACAACAACAAGACACCGAUCCCUGAGCAGAAACCAGUGGGUGCCGAAUGCAAGCCCAUUGAAGUCAAGGCUGGCUCUGUUGUCCUGAUCCACGGCCAGGUGCUGCAUCGGUCUUCACACAACCACUCUGACAAGUCACGCUGGAUUUACACCUUCCACAUCAUCGAAGGCGGCUACGAGUAUGAUGACCGCAACUGGUUGCAAAUGCCUGCUGACAGAGAGCUGACUAAGCUAUAA